AUACAGAACUUUUAUAAGAUUGAUUUUAUUUUUAAGCAUAGUUUAGGAAAAAUAAAAUAAUUCUCAUUGAAUGGUUUUUCUAUACCAAAUGUCCUCCUCAUUUAGUUGACCAGUGUAACGAAGACGCCAAAAGUGUUAAAACUCUGAAACCUUCAAAAAUUCAAAAAAGAUGACAUUAAUAAACUAAGUAUUCACUUUGAUUAUGAUUUGACAAUUUACAUAAAAGAUCAUCUCUUUAUGCAUAACUCCUAUAAAUACAUCAACAAACCUUUACUUCCUCUUCAAUCCAUUCAUUUUCCCGAUCAGUAUUUGCGGAAUUCUUCUAGAAUACUCUCUUUUCUAUAUCAUUAAACCCUAAUUUUGAUCAAGCUCAACCUUUUUUCGCGAUCAGAGCAGUGAUUGAUCGGAAUGUCAUGGGGAUUAGGGUGGAAGAGACCAUCAGAAAUCUUCCAUUUGCGACUUCAUUUUGGCGUAGAAGCAGAAGAUGAAGACGAGACUGAAGAAGAUAAAGAUUCGAUCGUCGUCGUCAAUAAUGGCGGCGGCGGUGAUAUUGAGAAGAAGAUUGUGGAAAUGGAGUGGACAGCGGGAGACGAUGAGGAUCAAGUUGCAUUGAGGUUACAGUCUAAAUUAAUGAUGGAGAUGCCGCCACCAGAAGAUACCGUUGUUGUUGAUUUAGCUGAGAGAGAUAAUGGUGCUGGAGUUUUCAUGUCGAUGAAGGUUGUUCGGCGAAGAGAGCCGUUACGAGCGAUUACAUUGGUUAAAGCUUCCGGUUCUGGUCAGCAGAGUGAUGGCAUUGGUGUUUUGACGAGGUUGUUGAAUUCUAAGGUAGCGGCUACUGCGGUGGCUUCGGGUGUUGGUGUUGAGGGAGGGUUGAGUUUUACUGAGCAUUGGAAUAGUGUCACUGCUCUGAGUCUCUCUGGUUGUGGUAUCUCUGUGUUGCCAAUUGAAGUAACUAAACUUCCAUUACUUGAGAAGCUAUACUUGAAUAACAAUAAGCUAUCAGUAUUGCCUCCUGAAGUUCGUCUACUCAAAAAUUUGAAACUGCUAAGAGCUGAUGAUAAUUUGCUGGUUUCAGUUCCAGGUGAACUAAGCCAGUGUGUUGGAUUAGUGGAGCUUUCACUGGAACACAACAAACUGGUCCGCCCAUUGUUAGAUUUCAGAGCUAUGGCUGAAUUGUGUGUUUUAAGAUUGUUUGGAAAUCCUCUUGAAUUCCUUCCUGAAAUUUUGCCGCUACAAAAAUUGCGACACUUAUCUGUUGCCAAUGUCAGGAUUGUUGCUGAUGAAAAUUUGAGAUCUGUGAAUGUUCAAAUUGAGAAUGAGGCUACAUCUUACUUUGGUGCUUCUAGACAUAGGCUUAGUGCCUUUUUCUCUCUUGUAUUCCGCUUUUCCUCUUGCCGACAUCCUCUGCUGGCAUCUGCAAUGGCAAAAAUUAUGCAGGACCAGGAUAAUCGUGUGUUUGUUGGAAAAGAUGAGAAUGCUGUGCGGCAGCUCAUUAGUAUGAUUAGCACUGACAACCAUCAUGUGGUAGAACAAGCAUGCUUUGCUCUAUCAUCUCUAGCUGCGGAUGUGUCUGUUGCGAUGCUUUUGAUGAAAUGUGACAUUAUGAAGCCCAUUGAAGCUGUUCUCAAAUCAGAUGUGGAGAAGGAACUAAUUUCUGUGUUGCAAGUUGUGGAACACCUUGCUUUUGCAUCUGAUGCUGUAGCUCAGAAGAUAUUCUCCAAGGAUGUUUUGAAAUCCCUAAAAAUGUUAUGUGCUCAUAAGAAUCGAGAGGUCCAAAGAUUAGCAUUAUUAGUGGUUGGAAAUUUGGCUUUCUGUUUGGAGAAUCGACAAAAGCUAGUUACUUCUGAAAGUUUGCGUGAACUUCUUAUGCACUUGACGUCCACAGCUGAGCUACGGGUUAAUAAAGCUGCUGCUCGAGCAUUGGCGAUUCUUGGAGAGAAUGAAAUUCUACGGCGUGCAGUCAAAGGUCGACCAGUAGCAAGGCAAGGGCUUCGGAUCCUCACAAUGGAUGGAGGUGGAAUGAAAGGCCUUGCGACUGUGAAAAUUUUGAAAGAAUUGGAGAAGGGGGCAGGGAAACCAAUACAUGAAAUGUUUGACCUCAUAUGUGGUACGUCAACAGGUGGUAUGCUAGCGGUGGCUCUUGGUAUUAAGUCAAUGACUCUGGAUAAGUGUGAGGAAAUAUACAAGAAACUUGGCAAACUUGUCUUCACUGAACCUGUCUCCAAAGACAAUGAGGUAGCAAGUUGGAGGGAGAAGCUAGAUCAGUUGUACAAAAGCUCAUCUCAGAGGUUCAGAGUCGCUGUAUAUGGAGCAAAACACAGUGCCGAUCAGUUUGAGAGACUGUUGAAAGAGAUGUGUGCUGACGAAGAUGGAGACCUCCUAAUAGAUUCUGCUGUAAAGAGAAUACCUAAAGUUUUUGUCGUGUCAACUCUUGUUAGUGUAGUUCCUGCGCAGCCUUUUGUAUUUCGGAAUUACCAGUAUCCAGCUGGAACUCCAGAAAUGUACCUGUCUCCUUCAGAAAGUUCUGCAAUCAGCUUAUCAGGUGGUGAGAUGACAAGUGCUGAAAUUGGAUACAAGCAUAAUGCAUUUAUUGGGAGUUGUAAACACAUGGUCUGGCAAGCUAUUAGAGCUUCAUCUGCUGCACCGUAUUAUUUAGAUGAUUUUUCAGAUGGUGUCAAUCGCUGGCAAGAUGGUGCAAUUGUAGCAAAUAACCCUACCAUUUUUGCUAUACGGGAAGCUCAGCUUUUGUGGCCUGACACUAAAAUUGAUUGUUUGGUUUCUAUUGGAUGCGGCUCUGUUCCAACAAAGGUCAGGAAGGGUGGAUGGGCAAUUUUGGACACGGUUCCUGUGCUAAUCGAGAGCGCUUGUUCGGUGGAACGAGUUGAGGAAGCUUUAAGUACGCUGCUACCGUUGCUUCCUGAUAUUCACUACUUUCGGUUUAAUCCUGUGGAUGACCGAUGUGAUAUGGACCUGGAUGAAACGGACCCUGCGGGUUGGUUGAGGUUGGAAAGUGCUGCAGAGGAGUAUAUCAAGCAUAAUUCUGAGGCAUUCAGAAGUGUUUGUCAGAGGCUUAUGUUGCCAUACCAACAAGAUGAAAGAUGGUCAGAUGGCAUAAAAUCUCAAAAUUCAUCCAAGCCAAAGUCAGCUAAUGAAGAUAAUAGCCCUUCCUUGGGAUGGAGGCGUAAUGUACUUCUUGUGGAAGCUUCUAAUAAUCCAGAUUCAGGAAGAAUUGUGCAUCAUACGAAGGCACUUGAAACAUUUUGUUCCCGUAGCGGAGUAAGAUUUUCGACUGUUAAAGGAGUUUCGAAUUCUCCUAAGGCUAUAGCUGGUACCUCAAAAGCCUCACCAUUUACUUCACCUAUGUUUACUGGAAGCUUUCCAUCAAGCCCAUUGUUGUAUAGUCCAGAUGUUGCUCAGAGGAUUGGACGCAUCGAGUUAGUGCCCCCUUUGAGCUUGGAUGGCCAUCAACCUUUAAGAUCGAGUUCACCUCCAAAAUCUUCGCCAGGACCCAGACAACUCUCAUUGCCUGUGCAGUCAUUACUAAAUAGGCUGAAGAGUGCACCGCAAGUGGGCAUUGUCCAUUUAGCACUCCAAAGUGACACAACGGGUGCUAUUUUGAGUUGGCAGAAUGAUGUAUUUGUGGUUGCUGAACCUGGGGAGCUUGCGGACAAGUUUCUACAGAGUGUUCGUUUCAGUUUUUUAUCGACUGUUCAGGGUAGAAAGGAGAUGUCAAAACUCAACUCCAUCUCAACCAUUGCAGACUUGGUAGCGUAUAAGCCCUAUUUCCAAAUUGGUUGUGUAGUCCAUCGGUACAUAGGACGCCAAACUCAGGUUAUGGAAGAUGACCGUGAAAUUGGAGCAUAUAUGUUUAGGAGGACUGUUCCAUCCAUGCAUCUGGUGGCUGAGGAUGUUCGGUGGAUGGUGGGAGCCUGGAGAGACCGAAUUGUAAUCAGCACAGGAAGAUAUGGGUUGGUUAAGCCAUUAAUUAAGGCCUUACUAGACUCAGGCGCAAAAGCUGUUAUAUGUCCAUCUGGGGAACCUCAUCAUACGCAAUCAGCAACUUUGCCUGGGUCUGGUGAUUUCGAUUUUCUCGAGAACGGAAAGUUUGAACUUGGGGAGGAAGAAGCAGAAGAGGAAGAACCACCCGAGGCAUUGAGUCCUACAAGUGACUGGGAAGAUAGCGACCUCGAGAAAAACACGGAUUCACCCAAGGCCUUUAGUGACCAUGAGGAGGAAGAGUUGUCUCUCUUUGUAUGUCACUUAUAUGAAGCAUUGUUUAGGGAAGGAGCAACUGUACAAAGUGCCCUAGAAACUGCACUUGCCUCACAUCGGAAGUUGAGGUAUUCAUGCCAUCUUCCAAGUAGUAUUUCCUAAUUGUUUAGUUAAAUCAUUACAUCUGUUUGUAUAGUCGUACGAAACCAUAAUAAAAGGUUUAUAAUUAAAGGUUAGGGGGUUUAAAAAGCAAUGAGUAAUAGAUCCAUUUCAUAAACUGAGAAUAAGGUAUGAGGCUAGUCCAUUACCCCAAUACAAAUGUGUAUUUUAUCUGUCCAUCGAAAUCAAGAGAAAUUAUUGUUGAAUGUAAAUUUUGAGCAUUUUAUAGAGAAUUACAGGUAAACAACAGUA